AUGACUCUUGGUGCGCUCCCCAAAAUCUUCACAGCGGCGACGCUCGGUGGCAAGAAGUCUCCGAUUCAGCUCAAGCACCGCGUUGUUUUGGCUCCCAUGACUCGACUCCGUACGGGCGACGAUGGCGUCCCAGGCGCUGUCGUCGUCGAGUUCUACACGCAGCGAGCUACGGAUAGCGGUCUCCUCGUCACUGAGGGCACGAACAUCAGUGCCACCGCUCGGGGUUACUACGGUGCACCUGGUAUCUUCAACUCGGCUCAGGUCGAAGGCUGGAAGAAGGUUACGGAAUCCGUGCACGCCAAGGGCGGCAAGAUUUUCGUGCAGUUGUGGCACACGGGACGUGUAAGCCACCAACUCAACCAGCCGAACGGUAAACUCCCAGUGUGCCCCAGCGCUAUUGGCAUGGAAGGCGUGCACAGCCUCGCUCCGACUCGCGAAGGUCGCCUGCCUCAUCCAGUUCCACGCGCUCUGGAGACCAAUGAGAUCGCGGGAAUUGUUGCCGACUACAAGUCGGCCGCUUUGAAGGCUCUCGACGCCGGAUUCGACGGUGUGGAACUCCACUGCGCUAAUGGCUACCUCAUUGAGCAAUUCCUAUGCGACUCGAUCAACAAGCGCACAGACAAGUAUGGCGGAAGCAUUGAAAACCGCGCACGUAUCCUGUUCGAGGCGCUAGAGGCCGUUCUGUCCGGCGUGGACUCGAGCAAGGUCGGUAUUCGCUUGUCGCCGUACGGAACAGCUUUUGGCUGCACCGACUCGGCUUCAGGUGAGCUGUUCGGCUACAUCAUCGAGAAGCUCAACGACUAUGACCUGGCCUAUCUCCACCUCGUCGAGCCACGCGGGAUUCAAGCGCCUGCCCCUGACGCACCGGAAGGCGGUGUGCUCCCGAUCUUCCGCAAGGUCUACAUCGGCUUCAUCAUCACGUGCUCGGGCUAUGAUCGCGAAGAGGCCAUUCAGGUCGUCGAGAACAAGUCUGCCGAUUCCGUCGCUUUCGCUCGCAACUUCAUCUCCAACCCCGACCUCGUGGAGCGUCUGAAAACUGGCGCUGAGCUCAACGCGACCAACCAGCAAUCCGUGUACCAACCGCUCGGUGUCCCGUUCGAGACGGGAUAUACUGACUACCCUAUCCUGGGUCAGAAGGAGUAA